AUGUUUUUUAUCUGUACAGGAGAAUCCAGGAGAAAGAAGGCCAAGAAGUUAAAACCAAUAGAUGCUAAAACAGGAAAUAUUGAACAGUUUAAACAGCCAAAGAAAGAUAGAGAACAGUUUCGGAAAGCUCUUGUUGAUAUAAUUAUUUUACCCAAGAGUAGUACAGCAUCAAUAAGUGGAGAGUUACCUCCCUUGUCUCGUACAGGCUCACCUACAACUGCUGAGAAAGAUAUUUUACGCUAUUAUUAUUAUAUACAUAAUGGUAUUGAUACCGAACAUGUGGCGCCAAUGGAAGAUUCCUGGUUAGAGAAUGUCUUGGAUUUGGUGCCAUUUAAUCUGAGGGGAGGCCAUGAGGAAACUAUUGAAUCUCUAUCAGAUGAAAUGAGAGAAGAUUAUUUAUUGAGUGUUAAAAAAGCUAUUGUUGAUUUUGUGUUGAAAGAUCCACGUGAGAAAGAUGAAGAUAAGAAAGAGAAAUUACCUCCACAUCGUGAAGAAUUAGCUAUAGUACCCAAACCAUGGAAUAGAUCUUACUGUAUAUCUAAUGAUCUUAUUUCACAGAAUCUAUUUGUUACCAAUCCUUGUAUGAUGCAGGUUUUAGAUUUAUGGCAUGUAUCAUUCAGUGGACUAAGAUUUAUAGAUAUUGAAGAAUUCCAUACCAGAGAAGAAUCUAUGGAACUUCAGACAUUUCAGAAUUUAUGUAUGAGACAUAUUGAUGCUGCUAAGGAAAGGCUGAUGAAAAAAUGGUUUCCAGAAGUUCAGACAAUAUUUUACCAAGGAAACAAAAGAAAACAAGUACCAAGUAAUCAAGACCUAGAUAAACUAGAAUCAUUUUUUAACUGUGCAGCUACUUUAAUGACAGAAAAUCUUCAGCAGUUAACAUUGAAUUCACUGAAUGAUUUUACAGAUUUAUUAGUUCAACCUUCAACAUCAACCAGAGCAUUUGAACAUUCAGGUUUUAUUUUACGAAUGAUAUUAGAUGAUACAACUAUUAAGUUUGAACCACAGUUUAAAGAUUUUGAAGUAGUUUUAUUGAACGUGUAUGAUGUCAUAUUGAAGGCAUCUUGUGUAAUACCUAGAGUUGAAACUAAGUUAUACUCAGAAUGGAAUGGCAGUAAAUCAAAGCCUGUGUUAAAGCCAGUGGUGUUAGAUGCCAUCUUGGAACGUCAUAAACAGAAAGUUCGAGAUCUGAUCAAAAGAGAAUCUCAACUGCCAGUAGAACAUUGUAAAGUUUAUGAGAAAUAUAAUUUCUUAAUCAGCAAACAGGCUGAUAUAGAUGUAGAACAGUUUAUGACAAAAGAAGAACAUUCGUUUGAUGAUUAUGCGAAGGAGGUUGAUAAAUAUCACAAACUGAUAGAAGAUGUUUCCUAUAACUCACAGAAAAUAGUUCGUGUUGGAAUGUUUGAGAUCCAUAGUGAAGAGUUGAUUAGAGCUCUGGCUAAAAGAGCAGAUGCUUUAAAGAGUAAACUCCUAAUGAGAAUGUGUAAAGAUCAUCAAGAAGCUAACAAAGCAUUAUGCAAUGAUUAUGAAGCUAUAGCAGAAAAAGCUCUAACAACUCCUGCCAAUACAGAGGCCUUGAUGGAAUUAAAGGCUUAUAUAGAGAAAGUGGAAUCAGAUACAAUAUUUGUAAUGGAAAAACGUCUAUCAGAAUCUAAAGAUCGUCUCACCUUUCUGUCUGAUUUUGCUCAGUUUUCACCAGCAGAAAUGAGAUUAAAUUCUCAAGUAUUUACUUGGCAUGGAAGAAUGCCUGCUGUGUUUGAGGAACACAAAUUGAUCUGCUCUGAGAAGAGAGGCCAAUAUGAAGAAGCACUUCAGUUGAAACGAGAAAGAUUUACAGAAGAAUUAGAAAGUUACCAGAAACAAGUUGAAGAGUUCCAACAAUUUGGUGAUAUGACAGAAAUACAGAGAUACCUACGUAAAGCACAAGCUUUAGAUACUAAACUACAAGCAGCAGCUGAUAAGAUUGAAGCAUUUAAUACGGAAGAGGAAGCGUUUGGCUGGGAGACAACGGCUUAUCCACAGAGACAAACCGUUAUCAAUACACUCAAACCUUAUCUCACUUUAUAUGAAACUACCGUCGACUUCAAUACUAAGUAUAAGUAUUGGAUGGAUGGUCCGAUGAGUGGUGUCAAUCCUGAUGAUGUAGAUGCUGAAGUAGGUAAUAUAUGGAGAGGAUUAUAUAAAUUAGAAAAAACAUUUGAAAAUGUCCCUGCUGCUAAAAAGAUUGUUGGAAAGGUCAAGACCAAAGUGGAUGAGUUUAAAGGUCACAUGCCAUUGGUACAGACACUAUUUAACCCUGGUUUACGUGACAGACAUUGGGAACAAAUCUCUGAAAUGGCUGGAUAUACCAUAAAACCUGACGAAAACUCAUGUUUAUCUAAAUUUGUGGACAUGAACCUAGAGCCAUACAUUCCUAAAUUUGAAGGAAUAAGUGAGGCUGCUAGCAAGGAAUAUUCUCUGGAGAAAGCCAUGGAAUCCAUGAAGAAUGAAUGGGCACCAUUUGAAUUUACUAUUAUACCAUAUCGAGAAUCUGGUACUUCUAUUUUGUCAUCUGUUGAUGAUAUUCAACAAGUUCUAGAUGAUCAUAUUGUUAAAACUCAAACAAUGAGAGGCUCACCAUUUAUUAAACCAUUUGAAGCCGAGAUCAAAGAAUGGGAGACCAAGUUAAUGUUAUUACAAGAUAUUCUAGAUGAAUGGUUAAAAGUACAAGCAACAUGGCUUUAUUUAGAGCCUAUUUUUAGCUCACCUGAUAUUAUGGCUCAGAUGCCUGAAGAAGGGCGAAGAUUUUCUACAGUUGAUAAAAAUUGGCGAGAUAUCAUGAAGUCAGCUGUAGUUGAUAAACAUGUUCUAGCUGUCCUCAAGAUAGACAAAAUUCUUGAAAAAUUCAAAAAAUCUAAUGAAUUGUUAGAAUUGAUUCAGAAGGGUUUGAAUGAAUAUUUAGAAAAGAAAAGAUUAUAUUUCCCUCGAUUUUUCUUCUUGUCUAAUGAUGAAUUGUUAGAGAUUCUAUCUGAAACUAAAGAUCCAAUGAGAGUGCAACCCCAUUUGAAGAAAUGUUUUGAAGGUAUUGCUAAGUUAGAAUUUACAGAUGUACUAGAUAUUACCCAUAUGAAGAGUAGUGAAGGUGAAAUUGUACAGUUAAAAGAUGUGAUAUCCACAUCUAAAGCUCGUGGUCAAGUUGAAAAAUGGCUGCUAGAGUUAGAAGUUGACAUGAUAGGAUCGCUACAUAAGGUUAUUGGUGAAUCCAUGGAAGCAUAUAAAAACACAAACCGUAUUGAGUGGGUUAAGGUUUGGCCAGGUCAGGCGGUUCUUUGUGUCUCACAAGCAUACUGGACAACAUUUGUUAAUGAUGCAUUAGAAACAGGUCCAGAAGCUAUGCAGACUUAUCUUGAGUUGAACAACUCUCAGAUCAAUGAUAUUGUAGAUCUAGUAAGAGGCAAACUGUCCAAACAGAACCGUGUUACCUUACAAGCUUUGAUCGUACUUGAUGUACAUGCUAGAGAUGUGUUGACAUUAUUAGUCAAAGAUGGUGUCCAGAAUAAUUUGGAUUUUAACUGGUUGAGUCAACUUCGAUACUAUUGGGAGGAUGGUAAUAUGAUUACUAGAAUGAUCAACUCUAUGUUGAAGUAUGGUUAUGAAUAUUUGGGUAAUUCUGGGCGUUUAGUCAUCACUCCUCUAACUGAUAGAUGUUAUAGAACAUUGUUUGGUGCUCUCCAUCUCCAUCUUGGUGGUGCACCAGAAGGUCCUGCUGGUACUGGUAAAACAGAAACAACUAAAGAUUUAGCUAAAGCUGUUGCUAAACAAUGUGUUGUAUUCAAUUGUUCAGAUGGUUUGGAUUAUAUUGCUCUUGGAAAAUUCUUUAAGGGUCUGGCAUCGUGUGGGGCAUGGUCCUGUUUUGAUGAGUUUAACCGAAUUGAUCUUGAGGUAUUGUCUGUUGUUGCCCAACAGAUUCUUACAAUUCAAAGAGGUAUUAGCUCUGGAGCAGACUCUCUCCUGUUUGAAGGGACAGAAAUAAAACUGGAUCCUACUUGUUCUGUCUUUAUUACUAUGAACCCAGGUUAUGCUGGACGUUCUGAUCUACCUGAUAAUCUUAAGGCUCUGUUCCGUACAGUAGCUAUGAUGGUACCAGAUUAUGCUAUGAUUGCUGAGAUAUCCCUGUAUUCCUGUGGGUUCGUUGUUGCCAGACCACUGUCAGUGAAGAUUGUAGCUGUAUAUAGGCUGUGUUCAGAACAGCUCUCUUCACAACAUCAUUAUGAUUAUGGUAUGAGAGCUGUUAAAUCUGUCUUAACUGCUGCUGGUAAUCUCAAGUUGAAGUAUCCAGAAGAAGAUGAGAAUAUUUUGAUGUUACGAUCUAUUAUUGAUGUUAAUUUACCCAAAUUCUUAAAUCAUGAUUUACCCCUGUUCCAUGGUAUAACUUCUGAUCUAUUCCCUGGUAUUAAACUACCAACACCAGAUUAUGAAAUCCUGAAUGAAGCCAUCAAAGAAAACUGUAUCAAAAUGAAUCUACAAUGUACAAAUUUCUUCUUGGAAAAGAUUCAGCAGAUCUAUGAAAUGAUGAUAGUACGACAUGGUUACAUGAUAGUAGGAGAACCAUUUGGUGGUAAAACAGCAGCUUAUAGAGUGCUAGCAGGUGCUCUUAAUGACAUACAUGAGAAGGGUCUUAUGGAUGAAAAUAAGGUGCAGAUCACCAUUAUCAAUCCUAAAGCUAUUACUAUGGGUCAGUUGUAUGGUCAGUUUGAUCCAGUAUCUCAUGAAUGGUCAGAUGGUAUUCUAGCUGUUUCUUACAGAGCCUUUGCCUCAUCUACAACCCCAGAUCGUAAAUGGUUGAUAUUUGAUGGCCCAGUAGAUGCAGUAUGGAUUGAGAAUAUGAACACUGUGUUAGAUGACAAUAAAAAACUAUGUUUAAUGAGUGGUGAAAUUAUCCAGCUGGCUAACACUACUAACUUGAUGUUUGAACCAAUGGAUUUAGAAGUUGCUUCACCAGCUACUGUAUCAAGAUGUGGUAUGAUCUAUAUGGAACCUUCCUCUCUGGGUUGGAGACCAUUAGUUAAAUCCUGGUUACACACACUACCUUCAACAUUUACAGACAACUAUAAAACAGUUAUAAAUGAUCUAUUUGAAAGGUUUAUUGAUCCUUUAUUACGAGUUGUACGUAAAGGAGGGGUUAAGGAAUUAUCACCAACUAAUGAUUCUAAUUUGGUGAAAUCAUUGAUGAAUUUAAUGGAUUGUUUAUUUGACGAGUUCCAAGAUGAGGCUAAGAUUGCUCAACUGGAAGAAAGGGAGAUAACAACGUGGCUGGAGAGUAUCUUUUUCUUUGCUACAACUUGGUCAAUUGGUGCCAGUUCAGAUGAUAUGGGACGAGUUAAAUUUGAUAAAAUCUUCAGAGAACUUAUUUCUGUAAGUAUGACAGAGGAAACUAGAAAGAUGUUAGUAUUGUCAGAUCUUGUGGAACCUCCUAUGAAACCCUAUUUGAAUCCCUUCCCACCAAAAGGAAAAGUUUAUGAUUAUAGAUUUAUUAAAGAGGGUGCUGGUAAAUGGGUAUUGUUUUCUGAAGAAAUAAAAGACAGUCCACCAAUACCUAAAGAUGCAGCCUUCAAUGAGAUAAUAGUACCUACUAUAGAUACAGUACGAUAUACCUAUCUCAUGAGUUUACUGAUUUUACAUGAAAAACCCAGUUUAUUUGUGGGCCCAACUGGUACUGGAAAAUCCUGCUAUAUUAUUGAAUUUUUAUUGAAUAAGUUAGACAAGACCUUGUAUAAACCUAAUAUUAUCAACUUCUCAGCUCAAACCAGUGCUAAUCAGACACAGAAUAUCAUCAUGUCUAAACUAGAUAAGAGAAGAAAGGGAGUGUUUGGACCUCCUCUUGGUAAAAAAGCUGUUGUGUUUGUGGAUGAUUUGAACAUGCCUAUAAGAGAAGUAUAUGGUGCUCAACCACCUAUAGAAUUAAUACGACAAUGGCUAGAUCAUUGGAAUUGGUACGAUCUAAAAGACACAACACCUAUUAAACUUAUUGAUAUACAGUUUAUGGGUGCUAUGGGACCUCCAGGUGGUGGUAGAAAUCAAGUUACCCCACGAUUUUUACGUCACAUGAAUACAGUAACUAUCAAUGAAUUUGAUGAUGAUACUAUGAAUACUAUAUUUAGACGUAUAAUGGAUUGGCACAUAACAUCUAGAGGUUUUAGUAACGAGUUUAAACCAUGUAUAGAUCAAAUUGUGCAUGCAACAUUACAAGUUUAUAAAGAAGCUAUGGAGAACCUUCUACCAACACCAGCUAAAUCACAUUAUCUAUUUAAUUUACGAGAUUUUAGUCGUGUGAUUCAGGGGGUAUUACUCUCUACUCCUGAUACCAUGGAAGAACCCAGCUCUAUGAAACGUCUCUGGAUUCAUGAGGUAGUGUAUCGUGUGUUUUAUGACAGAUUAGUGGACUCAACAGAUCAUACCUGGUUCUAUAAUCACCUACGUGAAGUAUCCAAAUCUAAACUAAAAGAAGACUUUGAUCAAUUGCUCAUUCACUUGGAUAGAGAUAAUGAUGGAAAACUGACUGAGGAUGAUCUCCGAAGCUUAAUUUUCUGUGAUUUUUCUGAUCCUAAAUCUGACAAGAAGGACUAUUUGGAGGUUCAUGAUUUGGAACAACUACGUCGUGUAGUGGAAGUAUAUUUAGAAGAAUUUAACAACAUGAGUAAAAAGCCUAUGAACCUUGUCCUCUUUAGAUUUGCCAUUGAGCAUGUAUCAAGAAUUGCCCGUAUAUUAAAACAACCAAGAAGUCAUGCUUUAUUAGUUGGUGUAGGAGGUUCUGGGCGUCAAUCAUUAACACGUCUGGCUGCUCACAUGGCAGACUAUGACUUAUUCCAGGUUGAAAUAACUAAGAGUUAUACUCAAUAUGAAUGGAGAGAAGAUUUGAAAAGAAUUUUAAGAAAAUCAACAGAAACUGAUAAUCAUGCUGUAUUUCUCUUCUCUGAUACUCAGAUCAAACAAGAAUCAUUUUUAGAAGAUAUCAAUAAUUUAUUGAAUGCUGGUGAAGUACCAAAUCUUUACCCAUUGGAUGAAAAACAGGAAAUUUGUGAAAAGAUGAGACAAAUUGAUAGACAAAGAGAUAAAACAAAGCAAACAGAUGGCUCUCCGGUGUCUUUAUUUAACUUCUUUAUCUCAAGAGUUAGAGAUCAACUUCAUGUUGUUCUGGCUAUGAGUCCUAUAGGUGAUUCAUUCCGUAACAGAUUGAGAAAAUUUCCUUCACUUGUUAAUUGCUGUACAAUAGAUUGGUUCCAGUCUUGGCCAGAAGAUGCUUUACAGGCUGUAGCAAUGCGGUUCCUGGAAGAGAUAGAAAUGCCAGAUGCUGAGAAGAAUGGAUGUAUUAGUAUGUGUAUUAGAUUCCAUACCUCUACUCGAGAUUUAUCUGAUAGAUUUUUACUUGAGUUAGAACGACAUAACUAUGUGACCCCUACAUCCUAUCUAGAAUUAAUCAAUACAUUUAAAACUUUACUGGAUAAAAAGAGAGGUGAAGUUAUGAAACAGAAACAGAGAUAUGAAGUAGGUUUAGAAAAAUUAGAUUCAGCAGCAUCCCAAGUAGCUGUUAUGCAGAAAGAGUUGACAGAUCUGCAGCCUCAGUUGGUAGAGGCCAGUAAAGAAGUAGCAGAAAUUAUGAUAACGGUUGAGAAGGAAUCCGUUGAAGUAGCUAAGGUUGAGAAGGUUGUAAAAGCUGAUGAAGCUGUAGCUAAUGAACAAGCUAAAGCUGCCCAAGCCAUCAAAGAUGACUGUGAUAGUGAACUAAGUGAAGCUAUCCCAGCUUUAAAUGCUGCUAUUGCUGCUUUAAAUACUCUCACACCCCAGGAUAUAACAUUAGUAAAGAGUAUGAAAUCACCACCUGCUGGUGUACGUCUGGUUAUGGAAGCUAUCUGUGUAUUGAAAGGUGUCAAGGCUGAAAAAGUACCUGACCCGUCUGGUUCAGGAAAGAAAAUUGAAGACUUCUGGGGUCCAUCCAAAAAAUUACUGGGUGACAUGAAGUUCUUAGAAUCACUAUACAAUUUUGAUAAGGAUAAUAUCCCUGUAUCAAUAAUGAAAAUUAUUCGAUCUAAGUAUAUGACAAAUCCUGAUUUUGAUCCAGAGAAAGUAAAAGUAGCCUCCACAGCUUGUGAAGGUCUGUGUAAAUGGGCUAGAGCUAUGGAUGUCUAUGAUAGAGUUGCUAAAGUUGUUGCUCCUAAGAAAGAAGCUUUGAAGAAAGCCCAGGGUGAAUUGAAUGUUGCCAUGGCAUCCUUAGAAAAGAAACGUGCCUCUCUACGAGAAGUACAAGAGAAGUUAUUCAAACUAGAAGAACAACUAGCUAAAAACAAACAGAAGAAGGUAGAUUUAGAAAAUGAAGUAGAUCUGUGUUCUAAGAAAUUAGAGAGAGCUGAACAGUUGAUUGGUGGACUUGGUGGUGAAAGAGACAGAUGGAGUGUGGCUGCUAGAGAACUGGGGAAAAAAUACAUCAAUUUAACUGGUGAUGUUUUAGUUUCUUCUGGUAUAGUGGCUUAUCUUGGUGCCUUUACAUCAGCUUUUAGAAUGGAUCAAUCUACCCAAUGGAUAUCGGAAAUUAAGAGUAAUGGUAUUCCCUGUUCUGAUGAUUUCUCACUGGUCAAUACUCUGGGAGAACCUGUUAAAAUACGAGCCUGGAAUAUUGCUGGAUUACCAACUGAUAAUUUCUCUGUGGAAAAUGGAAUCAUUAUCAGUAAUGGACGACGUUGGCCUUUGAUGAUUGAUCCCCAGGGUCAGGCUAAUAAAUGGGUCAAGAAUAUGGAGAAAGCGAAUAAUUUACAUGUGAUAAAACUCAGUGAUGCAGAUUUUGUUCGAACUCUGGAGAAUUGCAUCCAGUUUGGAACUCCAGUAUUGCUUGAGAAUAUUCAAGAAGAAUUGGACCCACUAUUAGAACCUCUACUAUUAAAACAGACAUUUAAACAGGGUGGUAGUAUUUGUAUUAAAUUAGGUGAUAGUACUAUAGAGUAUUCACAAGAUUUUAAAUUCUACAUCACAACUAAACUACGUAAUCCACAUUACUUACCAGAAACAUCAGUUAAAGUAACAUUGUUGAAUUUUAUGAUCACACCAGAAGGUUUAGAAGAUCAAUUGCUAGGUAUUGUGGUUGCCAAGGAGAGACCAGAAUUGGAGGAAGAAAAGAAUGCUUUGAUUAUCCAGUCAGCAGAUAAUAAGAGACAAUUACAAGAAAUUGAAGACAAGAUUUUAGAAGUUUUGUCGAGUUCAGAAGGAAACAUUCUAGAAGAUGAAACAGCCAUUAAAGUUUUGUCAUCUUCUAAGAAACUGGCUAACGAGAUUUCUGAAAAACAAGCCAUUGCUGAUGAAACUGAAAAGAAGAUUGAUACAGCUCGUUUAGGAUAUAAACCAAUCGCCAUUCACAGCACCAUAUUAUUCUUUUCCAUCGCAGAUUUAGCAAAUAUUGAACCUAUGUAUCAAUAUUCCUUAACAUGGUUCAUUAACCUUUUCGUCAUGUCGAUAGAAAACGCAGAGAGAUCAGACGACUUGGAAACACGCCUUGGAAAUCUACAUAAUCACUUUACAUACUCUUUGUAUUGUAACGUCUGUAGAUCACUGUUUGAAAAGGACAAGUUACUGUUCUCAUUUUUACUGUGUGUAAAUAUCUUGAAACAUAACAAGGAGGUUGAUGAUGAUGAAUGGCGAUUCUUACUGACUGGUGGUAUUGGCCUAGACAAUCCCCAUAGCAACCCAACAACAUGGCUACCCAGUAAAUCUUGGGAUGAGUUAUGUCGUCUAGAUGAUAUGCCCAGAUUUAAAGAUAUUCGUAAAAAGUUUGUCAACUAUAAAGAUGCAUGGAAGGUUCUUUAUGAUAGCCCAGAGCCACAUCAUGAAAAGCAUCCAGGGGAGUGGAAUGAUCGUCUUGGAAUGUUCCAGAAAAUGUUAGUUCUGAGAUGUCUACGACCAGAUAAGGUCAUACCAGCUGUCCAAGAAUUUGUCACAGAGAAAAUUGGUAAAAAAUUCAUUGAGCCUCCACCGUUUGAUUUAGCUGGUUCCUAUGGUGACAGUACCUGUAUAGCACCAUUGUUAUUUAUCUUAUCUCCUGGUGCUGAUCCUAUGGCUGCUUUAUUGAAAUUUGCAGAUGACCAGGGCUUUGGAGGUGCCAAAUUUGAUUCUCUGUCCUUGGGUCAAGGUCAAGGUCCAAUUGCUUUGAAAAUGAUAGAGAAAGGUAUUAAAGAGGGGACAUGGGUCAUGUUACAGAAUUGUCAUCUGGCUGCAUCCUGGAUGCCUACCCUUGAGAAGAUUUGUGAGGAAUUAAAUCCUGAAACAACUCAUCCUGAUUUCCGGUUGUGGUUGACAAGUUACCCAUCAACAACUUUUCCAGUAUCCAUCUUACAAAAUGGUGUCAAGAUGACCAAUGAACCACCAAAAGGAUUACGAUUUAAUAUUAUUAAAUCUUACAUGUCAGAUCCUAUAUCUGACCCAGAAUUCUUUAAUGGUGUCAAAUUAGAAAAAGAAUUUAGGAAGAUGUUGUAUGGUUUAUGUUUCUUCCAUGCCUUGGUACAAGAAAGACGUAAAUUUGGUCCACUAGGAUGGAAUAUACCCUAUGAAUUUAACGAAACUGAUUUACGUAUCAGUACUCAACAACUUGCUAUGUUUUUAAAUGACUAUGAUACUGUACAAUUUGAUGCUCUACGAUAUUUAACUGGAGAAUGUAAUUAUGGAGGUCGUGUAACUGAUGAUUGGGAUAGACGUACAUUGUUAACCAUAUUAAAUAAGUUCUACUGUAAAGAAAUUACAGAAGAUGAUCAAUAUCAUUUUGAUCAUUCUGGAAUUUAUUAUGCACCACCAGAAGGAGAUCAUGAAAGUUAUAUUAAUUACACCCAUAAUCUACCAUUGAAUCCAUCCCCAGAGAUAUUUGGUAUGCAUCCUAAUGCUGAUAUUAAAAAAGAUCAGACAGAAACACAAUUAUUGUUUGAUAAUAUUCUAUUGACACAGGCUAAAGCAUCUUCAGAAGGUGGAAAAUCAACUGAUGAUGUAGUAGAUGAAGUAGCAGCAGAUAUUUUAAGUAAAUUACCACCGAAUUUUGACAAUGAUGCUGCUCUACGUAAAUAUCCUACAUCUUAUAAACAGAGUAUGAAUACUGUAUUAGUUCAAGAAAUGGUUCGCUUUAAUCGUCUUGUAGAAGUUGUCAGAUCAAGUCUUUCCAAUAUCAGAAAGGCCAUUAAGGGUCUAGUUGUAAUGUCAGCAGAAUUAGAAGAAGUUGUAUUGAGUAUAUUAAAGGGAAAAAUACCAGGAAUGUGGAUGAAGAGGUCUUAUCCAUCUUUAAAACCAUUGGGAAGUUAUGUUACUGAUUUCUUAGCCAGAUUAAAAUUCUUACAGGAUUGGUAUGAUAAUGGACCACCAAGUACCUUCUGGCUAUCAGGGUUUUUCUUCACACAAGCUUUCUUGACGGGAGCUCAACAAAAUUAUGCCAGAAAAUACACAAUACCUAUAGAUUUACUAGGUUUUGACUAUGAAGUAUUAGAAGAUAAAGAAUAUCCAGUUGCACCUGAUGAUGGUGUGUAUGUAUAUGGAUUAUUUCUGGAAGGAGCACGAUGGGAUCGAAAAACAAAAAAACUGAACGAAUCUCUUCCUAAAGUUCUUUUUGACAGUAUGCCAGUGAUGUGGAUUAAACCAAUCAAAAGAUCUGAUCUUGUGGAAGAUAAUUCCUAUAAAUGUCCAGUAUACAAAACAAGUGAACGGCGAGGAACAUUGUCCACCACUGGUCAUUCUACAAACUUUGUUAUUGGCAUGAUGAUUCCAUCUAAUAAACCACAGAAACACUGGGUGGGGCGUGGAACAGCUCUACUCUGUCAAUUAGAUAACUAAAACUGUUUUAUGGGACCAAAUCUCACUGUGAUUAUGAGGAAAUGUUUCCAAAAUUUAUUUUUAAAUUAAGUCUUGAGAAAGGCUUCUUUAAAUUUGUAUAUCUAUAUCCGUCCAAGCAGCUCCUAUAUUUGAAUUAUUUUUUAUAAUGUCCUUACUUAUAUUGUGUGUCAGCAUUAUGCAUAUGAAACAAUUGGAUAAGAUAUUAAGGCUGGAAUUGUUUCUCUUGUUGUUUUUAACUGCUGAUAACUUAAUUUUUCCAAAAAAGAUAGAAUGAUCUCAUCUGAAAAUUCCAAAUUACUGUUUUCCUGAAAAUUAAAAUAUUUAAAUAGCAGAGUUCAUUAAAUCAGUUUACAGACUGAUGAUUUCUGUCUUGUUUUAUAUAAAUAGUUUAUACUGCUGACUGUAAAAUAUAUCUGUGAUAAAAAAUAUUAUUGUAUAUAUACAUGAUUAAUUCAAAUCAAAUAUAUUUAUUAGUUUUAUUUAUUGAUUUUUCAAGUUUUUAUUUUUAUUAAGCUUUUGUGAUUCACUCUUAAAUUUGUAUAAGAGAAAACAUACAAUCUGCCAUCAGUUGUUACAGUAAUGCCUAGCCUAUUUUCAUGUAUUCAAGGCAGAAUGACUUAAGCUAUUUGUCCACUGUUUUCUUUAAAAUUCUAGAAAGAAAACAAGAUAACAAAAUAAGAGCAUGUAAACUUGACAGCUCUGUACAUAUCUAGGCUACACCAUUGUUUUCAAUCUUUAGCUAGUUUUCAGAUAAGAAUGUUUCUGAAUGUUAGUAUUUUAGAGAAUGAGAGUCCAAGCUGUCAAUAAGUGCUUAGAAAUUUCUAGAUUUUAAUUACUAUUUAAUGUGGUUUGAGAUCUAAAAUAAAAUUUAUAAGCAGAUAU